GCAGCAGUGUGUUGGGGUGCACUGUGAACUCCAUCAGUCCUGAUAUAAGCUGCAUCAGAUGUAUAAGAAAUGGCCCGCCUCUUCUCUCCUCUUGUCUGCAGCUCUGUUUGCGAGUCAUUGCUGCGACACAAUCUCACACAAUGAGGAACUUGAUCUUGAUAACAGCUUCACUUCUCUGCAGCCUUUGCUGCAUCUGUGUCUCAGAGACCGUGGAGGUCCAGCCUGGUGAGACCGCCACACUGCUGUGCUCCAACCUUUCCACUGUUCCCUCUCAGAUACAGUGGUUCACAUUUGUCAAUGGAAGCCAGCCACGCUGCAUCUCCCACAUGUUUGAGUCUCAUGAACCUGCAAGAUUCUGCAGCGGAUUUCUAAAAGGAAAAUUUGAAAUGACAUCAGACAUGUCUACUAUCUUCCUCCACAUCAAACAAGUGGAUUUAUCUGACUCUGGACUGUAUUUCUGUGGAUCUCAUGUGAGUGGAAAUCCAGUGAUUUACAAUGCAACAUUCUUAGAGGUACAAGAAGCGUGGGUUGGAAUGAUGAAGCUGACUAGUCCAGUCCUGGUUGGUCUGGUUGUUGGCCUCGUAAUGAUCAUCAUUUGUCUGGCUGUUCAAAAAAGAAAGCUUCAGAAGGCUCGUACUGAAGAACAGAACCCACGACAUGACGAGAAUCCGGGCUCAGAUGACCUGAACCAUGGAGCUGUGACCUUUCAUCCAAGAGCAGAGAGAAAUCAUAGGCCUGCCCCAGAGAGGGAAGUGGAGUCAUAUGCUAUUUAUUCAGCCAUCAGAUAUAUUUAGAGAGCACCUGGAUCUGCAGCUAAAAUAGGAGCUGAUGCUGUAUGACCAAUACACUGCUGUGUUUUAAUGUGGUUGCUCAGAUUAGCAUCACUUGAUAGUCCAAGUUAUUACAGAGCAUUAUGUAAAAAGUCAAGUUUUCAAAGUCUGGCUUAUUUUAGUUUCUUGUUGGCUUCUGUGUUUUUCUUGUGUCACACUUCAUCCCCAACAUAAUAAAAUAUAUCUGAUCAAUA